CAGGAGGCGGGCGAGGACGCGCGGAGGGGCGGCGCGCGGGGCUGGGAGAACGCGCAGGCUGGUGGGCCGGACAGGCGGCGGGCGGGGGCGCGCGGCGGACGCGGCGGCGGCGAGAGUUACAGUACUUACUUGUUGUUAGUGUCAGUCGCUCGGCAGCACGGCCACGGCCAGCAGGAAGAACGCGGACGCGCGGUGAUGGUGGUCCCCGCGGCGGCGAGCGCGCCCCUCAGGAAGAGAAUACUUGAGGUCCAUUUGUAAAGAAAGAAAAGGAAAGAAGGACAGAGUGCCUAAAGUUGGAGCCAGUUAAACUAGUGGUUAGUCUGCCUUCCAGCGCACUCCUAUUGACCUGAGUGAACAUCUCUGAGUCUCCUGUCAGUGCUGCUUGCCCGUACCCUACCACAGUGGAUCAGAGCCAUUUUUUAAUUCUCAGCUUUGUGCAAGGGUUUUCUCACCACUGCUUUAAGAUGACUGGGCUUUUUCCUCUGAUUUGUGAGUUUUCCUUGUUUGGCUUGAGGCUUAAAGAAUUCCUGAUCUAGAGUGGGCUGCAAGCCAGCCAGGAUUCCAGAAAUGAAGGCAUUAAAGAAGAAUUACAGGAUCUUUUGGACAUUUUUAAAGUAAACAUUACUGUCUUCAGAACGUAAUUUAAGGAAUGAGAGGCAAAGAAGAAAGGACAUUGAUCUUGGAAAGAUUCAGAGCACUUUGAAAUUUUCAAUGAAUGUAACACUAGCUGCUAACACCCGCUUUGUUACUGGAAUGGAUGAACUGCUUCAAAUUUAAACGGAAGUCUCCAUCAUACUAUACACACAGAAAAGAGAAGUAGGAGUUGCAUGUGAUCACCUUUGCCAAGCAUCUGAUAUUGACAGCCCAGGAUUGGAACAGUACGCAGUGAUUGCAUCAUGGUGUCAUUUUGGCUUUCGCUUGGUGGGACUCAAUCAUUUACAUAUUAAGUUGAUCAUUCAUAGAAGAGCUGCUAUAACCACAUAGAGGAGGUGAAGACGUAACAUAAAGGUUUUGCCAUGCACUGAAAGAAAAGCAUUGUCUGUGAAGUUCUAUUUUUAAAAAUGUCUGCUUGUAACACCUUUACUGAACACGUUUGGAAACCGGGUGAAUGCAAGAAUUGCUUUAAGCCUAAAAGCUUACAUCAGCUCCCCCCAGACUCCGAGAAGGCAUCCACCACCCAUGGCAAUGUGAAAACGAAUGCCAAUCACAGUAACAACCACCGCAUCAGGAACACCGGAAAUUUCCGGCCUCCUGUGGCCAAAAAACCUACCAUAGCUGUGAAGCCCACUAUGAUGGUGGCAGAUGGGCAAAGUGUAUGUGGUGAGCUUAGCAUCCAAGAACACUGUGAGAACAAACCUGUCAUCAUGGGGUGGAACCGAAACAGAGCUGCUUUGAGUCAGAAACCACUUAACAAUAAUAAUGAAAAUGAUAUUGAAGGAUUUAGCCAUGUUCCUAAGCCUUAUGACAAUAAUGAUAGCGCAAAGAAGGUAUCAAAUAAUAAUAAUGGACUAACUGAAGUGUUAAAGGAGAUAGCAGGCCUGGAUACCACCCCUCAGAUAGGAGGAAAUGAAACAAACUCCAGAGAAACCUUCUUAGGAAGAAUAAAUGAUUGCUACAAACGCUCACUGGAAAGAAAGCUCCCACCAAGCUGUAUGAUGGGUGGGAUAAAGGACUCUCAGGGCAAGCAUGUCAUUCUGAGUGGGAGCACGGAAGUCAUCAGCAAUGAAGGAGGCCGCUUCUGCUACCCAGAGUUCUCUAGUGGUGAGGAAAGUGAGGAAGACGUUCUUUUCAGCAACAUGGAGGGGGAGCAUGAGAGCUGGGAUGAGAGUGAUGAGGAGCUGCUGGCCAUGGAGAUCCGCAUGAGAGGGCAGCCUCGCUUUGCUAACUUCAGGGCAAACACUUUGUCUCCUGUGCGAUUCUUUGUGGACAAAAAAUGGAAUACCAUCCCCCUACGAAAUAAGUCACUGCAGAGAAUUUGUGCCGUGGACUAUGAUGACAGCUAUGAUGAGAUUCUGAAUGGAUACAAUGAAAAUUCUGCAGUCUCCUGUGGACAAGGAAGCGUUCAGAGCAUGGUGUCCUCGGACUCCACAUCACCUGAUUCUUCUUUAACAGAAGAAUCACGUUCUGAGACAGCUAGUAGUUUAUCCCAGAAAAUUUGUAAUGCAGGGGUGUCUCCUGGUAACCCUGGAGAGUCUGAGGACAUAAAGGAAAAUUAUGAAAGUCUCUCUGGUAGUAAUCAGGAAAAGGACUUGCCACAGGCCUCCAAAAGCUCUGUAAAAGUACCAGAGACACACAAAGCAGUCCUUGCUCUUCGAUUAGAAGAGAAGGAUGGCAAGAUUGCUGUACAAACUGAGAAGCAAGAAAGCAAAGCCUCUACAGAUAUUGCUGGGCAAGCAGUCACCAUAAACCUCGUCCCUGUAGAAGAGCAAGCGAAGCCCUACCGAGUUGUAAAUCUGGAACAGCCAUUGUGCAAGCCAUAUACUGUUGUGGAUGUGUCAGCAGCCAUGGCCAGUGAGCACCUUGAGAGUGCUGUCAGCAGCCCUAAGACCAAAAGCUCAUCCUCCACUCCAAACUCUCCAGUAACGUCACCUGCAUUGACACCAGGACAAAUAAGCGCCCAUUUCCAAAAAUCCAGUGCAAUCCGAUACCAGGAAGUGUGGACUUCCAGCACCAGUCCACGACAAAAGAUUCCUAAAGUGGAAUUAAUUACUGGCGGAAGUGGACUAAAUGUCCCUCCAAGGAAAAACUGUCACAAAUCAGCACCAACUUCACCCACAGCUACAAACAUAUCCUCCAAAACUAUCCCUGUUAAGUCGCCCAAUUUGUCUGAAAUAAAAUUUAACAGUUACAACAAUGCUGGUAUGCCACCUUUUCCAAUUAUCAUUCAUGAUGAGCCAACUUAUGCCCGGAGUUCCAAAAAUGCUAUUAAAGUUCCCAUUGUUAUUAAUCCAAAUGCCUAUGACAAUCUAGCCAUCUACAGAAGUUUUCUGGGAACCAGUGGAGAACUCUCGGUGAAGGAAAAAACCACAAGUGUAAUAAGCCAUACUUACGAAGAAAUAGAGACUGAAAGCCAAGCGUCUGAUAACACCACUAGCAAACCCACUGAAAGUCCCCAGGCUAAAGGGUUUUCAAACAGUGCAGAGCGCAAAAAGGGCUCAGUGGCUCAGAAGGUUCAGGAGUUUAACAGCUGUCUCAACAGAGGUCAGGCUUCGCCACAGAGAAACUAUAGUUCCAGCCACAGCUCCCCAGCCAAAAUCCAGAGAACCACUCAAGAGCCUGUGUCCAAAACAGAAGGCACACAGGAGUCUCAAAUGCCAGGCAGCACUGGCAGCACCAGGGAGAAGGCAAGCACCGUGCUCUCACAGAUUGUAGCUUCUAUCCAGCCCCCCCAGUCUCCUCCAGAAACACCCCAGUCUGGCCCUAAGGCUUGCAGUGUGGAAGAGCUUUAUGCCAUCCCUCCCGAUGCGAAUGCUGUCAAGAACAUACCUAAGAGCACAGCAGUCCGGCCCAAGUCUCUCUUUACAUCUCAGCCUGGAGUUGAGGCCGAAGCACCACAGACCACAGAAAGUCCCAGCACCAAAGUUCAGAAAGACCUAUUUGCAAAGCCUGUCGCCUCUCCUACAUCCAAAUUAGUGACCAGCCCCCAAAGUGAGCCACCGCCUCCCUUCCCCCCACCACGGUCCACUUCCUCCCCUUACCAUGCAAGUAACCUUCUGCAGAGGCAUUUCACCAACUGGACCAAGCCAACUAGCCCCACCAGAUCCACAGAAGCUGAAUCUGUUUUGCACUCCGAAGGCAGCAGGCGGGCAGCAGAGGCAAAGCCUAAACGCUGGAUAUCAUUUAAAAGUUUCUUCCGCCGCCGGAAAACAGAUGAGGAGGAUGACAAAGAGAAAGAGCGAGAGAAAGGAAAACUGGUGGGCCUGGAUGGCACGGUCAUCCACAUGCUUCCUCCUCCUCCCGUUCAGCGCCAUCAUUGGUUUACAGAGGCAAAAGGAGAGUCUAGUGAGAAGCCAUCCAUUGUCUUCAUGUACAGGUGUGACCCUGCCCAAGGCCAGCUCAGCGUGGAACAAAGCAAGGUCGGGGCUGAGCAGACUGCAGGCACAGAGAAGGAUAGAACAGAGGGUGUGUCGCUGCAGGACUCAGAGAAGAAGAAAAAUAGUCAUUCUUCUCCAUCACAGAUUCCUGAAAAAGUUCCCAGUCAUGUGACCCAUGAAUUGGUGGAGAAGUUUUCUCCUCGGGAUCCAAGACCUCUUGCAAAGCAAGAUGAUGGGGGCUGCACCUCUAUAUCACCAGCACUGCCACCACCUGACUCGGAAAAAGAAGAGGAAAAAGAAGAUAUGUCAGAGCCUAUGGACCCAAACCCCUGUAGUGCAACAUAUAGCAAUUUAGGGCAAUCCAGAGCAGCAAUGAUACCCCCCAAGCAUCCACGGCAGCCCAAGGGAGCUCUGGACGAUGCCAUCGCCUUUGGAGGGAAAACAGACCAAGAAGUACCGAAUGUUUCCCAACCCACGCCACCCCCACUGCCAAAGAAAAUGAUCAUAAGAGCCAAUACAGAGCCAAUCUCCAAAGACCUCCAGAAAUCCAUGGAAAGUAGCCUUUGUGUCAUGGCUAAUCCUACCUAUGAUAUUGAUCCUAACUGGGACGCCAGCAGUGCUGGCUCUUCCAUUAGCUAUGAGCUCAAAGGACUAGACAUUGAGUCCUGUGACUCCUUGGAGAGACCUCUGCACAAGGAGAGACCUGUCCCUUCUGCUGCAAACAGCAUCUCCAGUUUAACCACUCUCAGUAUUAAGGACAGGUUUUCUAACAGCAUGGAGUCCCUGACCAGCCGACGUGGUCCCUCUUGCAGACAGGGCCGAAGCAUUCAGAAGCCACAGAGACAAGCACUUUAUCGAGGACUUGAAAAUCGGGAGGAAGUAGUGGGUAAAAUCCGAAGCCUUCAUACAGAUGCCUUGAAGAAACUGGCUGUUAAAUGUGAAGACCUCUUCAUGGCCGGACAGAAAGACCAGCUCCGCUUUGGGGUCGACAGCUGGUCAGACUUUAGGCUAACCAGCGACAAACCAUGUUGUGAAGCAGGUGAUGCAGUUUACUACACUGCUUCGUAUGCAAAAGAUCCACUUAAUAACUAUGCAGUCAAGAUCUGUAAGAGCAAAGCUAAAGAAUCACAGCAGUAUUAUCACAGCUUGGCCGUUCGGCAGAGCCUGGCUGUCCACUUCAACAUCCAGCAGGACUGUGGUCAUUUCCUGGCUGAAGUUCCUAAUCGUCUACUUCCCUGGGAGGAUCCUGAUGCCCCUGAAAAGGAAGAGGAUGAAAUGGAAGAGAGGGAAGAAGUGAAAGGAGAAACUGGUGGGGGAAACUCAGAGCCCUGCUGUGAAACUGAGUCGUCCCAGGAGAGCCAGGGAAUCCCACACAGGAAGCAGAGAAGCCACGUUGUGGUCAUCACCAGAGAGGUUCCCCAUCUCACAGUGGCUGAUUUUGUGCGAGAUUCCCUGACCCAUCACAGCAAAAGCCCUGAUACGUAUGAGAGGCAGGUGUGUCUGCUGCUCUUACAGCUGUGCUCCGGCCUCGAGCACCUCAAGCCCUACCACGUCACGCACUGUGAUCUCCGCCUAGAGAAUCUGCUGCUUGUCCACCAGCAACCUGGGGGAGCCACCCAGGGCCUCGGGCCUGCAGAGCCCAGCCCCAUCUCCUCUUGUCCCACGAGGCUUAUUGUGAGCAACUUCUCCCAGGCCAAGCAGAAGAGCCACUUGGUGGACCCGGAGAUCUUGCGAGACCAGUCCCGCCUUGCCCCAGAGAUCAUAACGGCCACUCAGUAUAAGAAGUGUGAUGAGUUCCAGACAGGCAUCCUCAUCUACGAGAUGCUGCACCUGCCCAACCCCUUUGAUGAGAACCCCGAUCUGAAGGAGAAGGAGUAUACGCGCGCAGACCUGCCUCGCAUUCCUCUCCGCUCGCCCUACUCCUGGGGCCUGCAGCAGCUGGCCAGCUGCCUCCUGAACCCCAACCCUUCUGAGCGUAUCCUCAUUUCCGAUGCCAGAGGCAUCCUCCAGUGUCUGCUCUGGGGCCCCCGUGAAGACCUCUUCCAGACCUUUGCCGCAUCCCCGAGCCUGGUGCAGAGAAACGCCCUAUUGCAGAACUGGCUGGACAUUAAGAGAACCCUGCUGAUGAUCAAGUUUGCUGAAAAGUCCCUGGACAGAGAGUGUGGCAUCAGCCUCGAGGACUGGCUUUGUGCUCAGUACCUGGCUUUUGCCACGACAGACUCCCUCGGCUGUAUUGUAAAGAUCCUGCAACCCCGUUAAUGUGGCCGGGAUGCUGCUUUUAUUACAUCUCCUCCUCUUCAUGUCACCCCACACUUCGCUGUCCUGGUCUUCAUCCAGAACUCAAAGGAUAGAGACACCCAUCCUUGUCCAUGAACAAAUGGGUCCAUUCAGGAGCUCACCCACCACUCCAGAUCAAGUAAGAAGCUCUCUGAACUACAGAAAUUCAGCUGCACAAACACGCUGGAGCGCCUUCCAUCCUCAUAGUCCCCUCCGUGCAGUGAAAACUGCAGAUGCAUCUCCUUGAAGGGUCCGCUCCUGUGGUCUGAGCUCAGUGAGCUGUGUUCAGUUCCGGCACAAUUCUGACGAACAGCCGUCUUAGCAGCAAGUAUUUAUUCUCGCUAUCAAUAGCCAGAUACAGCCAGCUUCUGCCAGCAUCCAGUCACCCCUCGAACUGCCUCCUCCUUCCUUUAAGUUGUCAGUAAUAGAGUGUCUACCAGGCAGACCUGCCAUUCUUAGCAUCAGCUCAGUUUUGUUUGCCAGGACUGUGUCCUUUGUUCCAACGGGCAGUAGAAAGAGAGAUUCCCGUCCCGUGGGUCAGAGACCUGUUUUCAUUCCUGUUACCAAUAAGUGUGUGCACUGCACAGAGGAUGGCCUUAAUAGCCUCCCUCUGCUGCCACUGCCUGGCUCUUCACCUCUACCCUGUCCCCACUUGUGGCCCAUUACAGAGCUGACCCUUAGUGAUGCUGGCGAUGCCUCAGAAGGGUGCAGCAAGUUGAAAGCUUAUGAAUAGCUGGCAGGGCAUCAGGAGAUGAUUUUUUUGCAUGUGCAAUUCACUAGGGGCCACGAGGGAACAGAGCUUAAAACACCAUUUUUUGAUUGCUGUCAGAGCUGUCAGUGUUCGGCACCAAGGUCAGCAGGACCUGGAUCCGAGUUUUCCCCCAAGCAGUGAUUGGCCAGCUUCCCUCUCUCAGUAACCCGGGUUAACUGGUUGACCAAAUGCUGUAAACACAGCCCUGAGUGAAGUGGCAUCUGUUUAUCUCUGAGGUCUCCUUAGAUGGCAGUGUAAGAGGCUGACUACUGCAAUGGCCAGAAGGCAAAGGACAGGGAGAUGGCCGCUGAUGAGACAGCUGGUCUCUUCCAGAGAGUCUGCCACGGCCUGAGUGGCACAUUGCUCCCAAGACUCUCUAAUGGCUCCAGAGGCCAGCUCGCAGGAAGGCAGAUGGCUGAGGGCUGGCUGAGAGCUGUUCGCCACGGAGCCAUGCUCCUCUGCGAUGGAUGUAUGUGCAAUUUCCGUAUGUAUUUUUUAGCUGUAUAUUACAGUGUUUAUGUUGCAACUUCACCUGAAGCAAGAUCUGCAGAAACCCUCCCUCGUCCCUCCACACCAAGCCGAAUAUUCCUUCCCCUGUGUGUGCACGUGCCUGCUUGUUUAUUCACAACUGUGAGUUUACUACAGCUUUGAGUCCCAAGAGUCACUCGCACAGUGUGUGUGUGCACACGUGCUAGGGCGGAGGCCAGGCCUGGGGAGCAGCCUGUGGCGGGGCUGACAGACCUGUGCUCUGUGCUGUCAGUGGGGGAGCCUGGGGCCCUCAGCUGCCUGUGUGGUUUCCGAAAAGCCGAGAUGGACUGUGCAGUAUUACUUAGAUGGCACAUUAGUGGCCUUGGAAAUUUCUAAACUUUUAAUACUUUUAACAGCCUUUCAUGUGAUUCACCUGUAUCAAAGAGGAUCAAGAAAGGAGAAGAAUGUAUUUUAUUGUGCUUUUUUUUUUUUUUAAGAGAAUGACAUCUGUAAGGCUCUACCUGUAAGAGGCCCUUGUCCCCUAGGACUUCCAGGCAGGCAGGCUGGCUGGCCAGCCCCAGAGUCUUGCUUCCUCUGUGCAGAGUGCAAACUCGGCCUCUGUCCUGUGGCUUGGCCGCCUUGCCGACGGGUGGCAUUUGGUUUAGCACGCAGAGCCACGCGCACAUAACUCCUUGCCUGAUUAUGCACUGAGCUGGCCGUACACAGACCACUGCCCACGUCAGCACCCCCCCAAUGGUUUGCAAAUUGAGACAUACCUUCUCAAUGUCAUUCUCGCGGUGCCUUGCCCAAGUAAAUUUGAAUGUUGACUAUUUAAUGAGGUUACAUAUUUAAUGCAGAAUGUUCCCCGGUCCCUCUGUUUGUUCUGUCCCGAGGUAUCUUUGUUUUUCCAUUUUCCCCACUAUGACUUGGAUCCAGUCUUAACAGUAGAACAGGACGGGCACCUCCACUACCACUGUCUGACAGCACUGGGAAACUGAGCACCUCUUCAUACCACAUGUGUCUAUUACUGUUUUUAUGUUCGCAUUUGUGAAGGGCUGAGGAUGCAUGCCAAGGAGUUGAGAAGGGCCUCCAGCCUCCUUGGACAAUGGCCAAGGAGUGGGAAAGGAGGGGAGGGGAGGCGGGCAGGACGGGUUAGAGCAGAAGAUAGAAAAAAUAUUUCUAGGCAAGACGCACAUCAGAGGGUCCUCAGAAUAGUCUUCCAAAAUAAUGAAAUUCUGUCUAACAUUAUUAUGAAUAUUUUAUACUUCCAUUUUAAUUUUGAUAGAAACUUGGAAUUCAUUUAUCAACUGGAAAUUCUACCCUCUGUAGACACAGUUACACACAUAUUUUUUAUACAUAUAUGUGUAUAUGAGUUUUGGAUUGCAAAUAGCAUAGCACUUUUUCUCCAGUAAUAUCAAGUUACUGUCCUCAAUACUGAUUGGAAAUGCUUUUCUGUUGGAGUCUGUACUAUGGAUUCUUUCAUUUCUUUGAGCAUUUGAACAAUUAAGCCCUUACAGAACUUCUUAAGCCACAUGAGCAUGAGCAAUGUGACACGUUUGUGUCCUGGGGAACAGGACAGUGACUGGAGCAGCUGGGAUCAGGCGUGAAUGUAUCACAGAGUGCCUUGUCGGAGUGCAGCGUGGUCCUGGCAGGAUGAAUGAGGGUCCGCAGGGGAUGGGGCAGGGGAGAGCCCUGUAGAGCGCAUGUAGUAAUGUGCUGUGCAGAAGCUAGGCACAGCACGGGAUGGGAAAGGCCAUCACAACCUGUGCAGCCGCGGUGUGAGAACCGAGAGUGGGACCGUCAGCCCGAGACUGCUAGCGUCAGGAGCCAGGAGCCUGCCGAUGCCUUUCGGACGCACCCUCAGAGGGCGGACUGUGUGAGGGACACAAGGGGCACAGCACCCACACCACCUAAUUACUGGGGGGUUGGGAGUGAAACACAUGAGGGUUUAGUGUCGGAUGGGUGGAGGCCAGGUCUGCUUCCAGACUCAGUGUGCCUGUGAGCAUGUAAAACUCUAAGCCAAGAAAUCUGCACCCCUGGAAAUGCUAAGGACAUUUCUGGGAGUACAACUACCUAUAAUUGUAUUUCAAAGUUUCUAGUAUUAUAAAAUUUCCAUGCAAGAUCUUUGGGGCCCAGCACAGCACAACACAGCAUAAAAGGAUUGUACCCAGCUUCCUGAAUUUGAGUUGUUAACACUCUGGCACUGGGAAGUCACCUGACAUUUGGUUUUGCCGGAAACCUGCAGUUAGCAUUUUCCCAUAGUUUUACUAGAAGUGAUUGGGAAAACACCCUGUAGCCCUACAAGCUGGGUGGAUUCAGGACCCUGCACUCCUGUGUUUCAAGGGAUGGCAGCUGUGUGAAGUGUGAGCACCCACGGGGACUGGACUCGCUGGGCGUGUUUCCCAUGCUCCUUGCUGGCCAAGAGCACUGAGGCUGUGGUCCAGGCCGGCACACAAACACAGCUAGGCACUGCCCUUGCUGAGAUGUGCCCAGGAGCCAGCUGUCCAUGCCCACGCAGCACUGCCACCAGGGGCGCUGCAGGAAGCCAGAAGAGCCAUGGUGCUAGAUUCUAGCCAGAGAUGAUACCAAAGAAAUCAGCCUUUCUGUCCUGAUGCUUCUCAGACGGUAAGGCCAAGUGUGACAGACACCAGGGAGGGGAAUUCUUAUACAUUCCAUAUCAGCAGUUCAGCUGCUAAAGAAAGUCCAUCCUCUAAAAAGCACCUAUUCUCUUUAAGAUGUCCAUUUUUUCUAUUAGAAGAGGAAAAAAGGUUGAUGAUGAGGAUGCGGAUGAGGAUGAUGAUGAUGGAGGAAGCCUGGGGCAGAGAGUGAAGUCCCUGGUGUCUGAGGGGAAGGAAUUCUCCCACCACACUAUAGCAUGACUGCGGCCCAGACCUCAGCAUGGGAACAUCAUAACCAUAUGAUGCCGAGGACUGUGUGUGUGUGUGUGUUUUUUUUUAAGGUCAUAAGGUAGUUUCAGUAGAUAUGUUUAAAGAACUUUUGGAGUUUUCUUACUACAUUGUACCAUUUUUAUAAACCUUCCUACAGAGGUGUUUACCAUUCAGCAUCCUUCUACUUAGUAUUUAUAAGUGCCCAGACUGUACAAGGUGCUAUACAGCUGUUACACAGCUCCUUUCCACAGCUGUUGAAAUUAGCGUAGUCUGCUACAUCCACCACUGCCGGAAGCUUUGCCUGCCCAGGGGGAGCUGCAGGGGCCUGCAUUCCAAACCCCCAUCCACAAUCUGCUCCCAGGGCCUCCCAAUCUCUUCCCCAUACAACACAUCCCCAUGGUUUUUUUUAAAUUAAGGAAGUUUCAGGGAAUCAAAAGAGGUCAGAAGUUUUUUAACCUAGCAGAACUACAGAAGUAUAUAUUUUGCUACAAAUAUUAUAGUACAGGAAAUCCACUUGGCCCACUAGUGUGUGGCUAGUUUGUGUGUCUGCAGUCUCAAUCACUUGAAUGUUGCACCAGCCCUGGGGUCUCAGGGCGGCCUUGUGGGAAGGUUAUCCACACUGCUCCAACACUAUGUGGGCUCCCUUCCCUUGCUGACUGUAAAGAGCGCUGUGUGUGAACUCGGGGCUGGGAUUUCUGUGGAUGAUGUGCAGGGCAUUUUGGUGUGAGAUCAAGGCAGAAGCAAGAGGUCUGCCACCUGAAUCAUGACGGCCCUCAUUCCAAUCUCUUAAUUCCCCAUGGCACUGCUCACACUAUAUUUGAAAACCUUGUUUCUCUUGCUCUGUCCAGAGCUUCACUCUCCACUUACAUAUUAUAGAAUUGUAUAAAUCUACCAAUAACAGGUCCGCUCUCACCAGUGGUGCCGCCCUUUGGUUUGCUGUGGUACUUUGCUGUGUACUCUGUGGCAUCGUGUUACUAUGUAAAUAAACUCAUUUUAAUAUGCACUAAAA